UUUCGUUUCCAAAGCGAAGAUCCUGAUUCAACCAAACUCUGAAACUCAGUUCAGAACCAUCCAUGGAGAGCGACGACGACCUUGCGCUAUUGCCUUCAUCUCCCGUCCACGAACGAAAGCUGAAGCGUUUGAAGAAAGCAAGUAAGGUUCACGAACCUUCUUAUCCUCCAUCCUCGCCCGCUGUUUCUUAUGAAUCCAGAAAAUGCGAAGAACACUUCACGGUGUCAAACGGAGGAUUUGGGUCCGAUCAAGAACAUCAGGUACCAAUCCCUAGUCCAGGUCCUCGGUCCGACUUUCCAAGAGGCGUAACCGUCAAAGAUGAUGAUUUGGGCGCGAAGAGGGUUCUCGAUUUUGAUUCUGUAAUUCAGGAACACGAAAAGGUCGAUGGUGAGAGUCAAGAGGUUAGGGAUUUUGAUUCUGUAAUUCAGGAACACGAAAAGGUUGAUGGUGAGAGUCAAGAGGUUAGGGAUUUUGAUUCAGUAAUUCAGGAACACGAAAAGGUUGAUGGUGAGAGUCAAGAUGUUAGGGAUCUGAAGGCCAGCGAUGAUUUUAUGGCUUUGAAUACCGACGACGAAGUAGAGAGGAAACGACGUAGUUUAACUGACAUGCCAGAGAGCAAAAAGAAGAAGAGGAUUGUCAGCAGUGAUGGAAGUGAAAAGAAGUCUAAAGAAUCAGCCAUCAAUAACAGAAAAGCCGAGAAGGAACGGCGAGAAACUAUGAAAAAUCUUCGAGCCGAGUCUCAAAGGCUCCUUCGAGAAACUAGAGAUGCGGCUUUUAAACCUGCUCCUCUCGUUCAAAAGCCAAUUUCUUUGAUAUUAGAUAAAAUUCGGCAAAGGAAAUUGGAGAUUUUAAAGAAAUCUAGUGCUUCUUCUGAAGAUGAUGACGAUACCCUGAUGGACGAGGGGAUAGCUGAUUAUGUAGAAAAGGAUGAACCGGAAGAAAUGCCAGCUACUUGCCCUACACCCGCGAAGAGUGAUUCUGGGACGUUAAAUGUUGAAUCAGGCGUUGCUAAAGAUAAUCUUUGUUCAGGAAGCAUUCUUUCUCCCACAGUGAGUCAAUUUAUGCAGUUUAUUGUGGGUUAA